UAAUGCUACGCAUCUUGAAGGAUUUACGUCGAUUUGUAUAUGUUUUUUGGCUUUUAGUUUUUUCUGGUUGUUGUGGUACCCGUUUGUUGUUCUUCACUUCGUUGAAACGUUUUUUUUCAAGGAGUUUUUCAAUACUCCGAUUUUAGUGUGUGCCAUGUCUUAGGUUAUGUUUUAUUGUGGAAUUAGAUACUUUUUAUGCUUUAAUCCUCGUAUAAGGAUUCUACUAUAAUUUGCUUCUCUAGAGAAAUUCUAUGGUCUGACCAUGUUAGAAAUUGGACAGAGAUAUAAAAUAAACUCGUAUUAAUCAAAAAAAGAGAGGGAAGAGAACGUGUCUUUAUUGAUAAGGUAUCAGAUUUUUUAGAUAUAGUAAAAAGGUCACAUAAUUGAAGAGAUAUCGUGGCUACGAGUUGUUUGAAUUUCAGUGAUUUGUUUCGACUGAUUAGUCUUCAUAUCAGCUGAAAAUUUAAGAAGCAAGUGUGUCAGUUAACUUAGCUUGAAGAUGGGCGUCCAAGUUUUAAUUGUAGAUUGGAAAAGAUUGGAAUAUAAUACCGGUCUCAGACCGUUUUCCUGAAUUAGUUUGAUACGGAUUCGAGAAUACACCUCUAGUGUUGUUGCAUGUUCCAAGAAGAUGGAAUAGAACGAUUAGAGUAAAUCUGUAUUCUGGUGAAAAUUAUAUUCUUCAUUGCAAUUAAAUCGAUCUACGACAUUUUAUGUUUAAAAAAUUUUACAUGUAAGGGAGGUGGUGGCCCUUGUAAUUUAUUAUUAAUGACGUCCAACGGAGUGCACCACGAAGAAGUUUCUUCAAAUCCAGUAAGAUCGUUCAGAGGAGCGAAUGGAAAUAAGAUAGCACUUCAAGAAAAAAAAACACCAACAUCUAAUACUGAAAGCAAUGGCGUUAUAGAAUUUGAACUCUAUAAUGACAGUCCCUGUGAAACUUUUUUAAAUUUAUUGCUCUUGUGCUUGACACUGCUUUUUUGGUGUACCAUUAAUAACCCAAUACCAACUUUUGCUUCUUUGAUUGCACUUGCAUUACAGUGUCAUCGUCUUGUUACAUCUGUUACAAUACUGUAUUGGUAAUUGAAUCAGUUGGUGUGCAGAUAAUAGGCAAACGCAAGUGCACUACUUUUAAUUCUAGCCAGUUUUUACCCUGGAAUACAGUGCAUGAUAUAUUUAUCAACGAAGUUAUCAUUGGGCAAAAAGUACUUUACUACCUGACGUUUAUGGUGAAGGAGUCUAUAGGUGGCAAGGAGAAAGUUCGAUUGGUUCCUCUUUUCCAAGAACUAGUACCCGAAAGAAAAUGCCUGGAAUACAUGUACGUUCGCUUGGCCGGUUUAAUCGGACACAAGAAGACAGAGAAUGUAUAUUGACUGUGCCUGGUUCUUAUUGGCUUUGCCAUAAGAAUAAGAUCUACAAAUUUUCAUUCAAAUGUCAUAAUUUCCCGAGAGAUGCCAAAGACUUUCCGUAUGAGAAGGAACUAAUGAACAUAAUAAGGCGAGUGAUUAAGUGUCUUCCGUGUCAAGGACAACAAUUUAGUACACGUCAUCUUCUCGUCACGUUUAAUCACACAUUCUGGACAUCACAGGACAAAAUGUAUGCAAUGCAUAAAUUUCGUGAUAAACCUAUUGCAGCACCAUCACCUCGUGCUUUUGUUCUAACAAUUAAUAUCACAAUGUCACAUACAAAUAUUAACCCUGUUGAUGUUAAGGACAAGCGUAGUUCUCUUCGUUUAAGAAAUAAGAAUCUGGAAAGUCAAGUUCUCCAAUGUGCAUCAGUAACAAAAGUUUCAUCGAAGAAUGUAAGAUUAAACACAAAUUGUACUGUAGUGGUCGUUGACGACGACGAUAAUGAUGAUAGCAGGCCAAACUGUGAAACAAACACAAUAUCUAAAUCACUUGGGAAUGACGGCGCAAACAGCAAUGAUAUUUUUGCCAAAUCAGACGCAUUACCUAUUUCUCAAGAACUACUGCCUAUUACUCCGAACAUGAAAUCUGAAGAUCAUACGUCGAAAAAUAAUACUGUUCCUAUAGAUACCAAGACCAAGGAUACUGAUGUUGAAUUAGAGGUUGAUAGUAUGGAUGUUGAUUCUAAUUCCAAAGAGUCUUUAAACACCGCAGAAGGUUCUGAACAAAGUCCUUUGGAUACCAUGAAAGAAUCUGCAAUAGAAUCUACUAAUUUAUUGAAUCGACACCCUAAUGAUAAGGAUAAUAGCUAUUGCAGUCAUUCUUCAUUAAUAUCUAAUAGUCCAAUGAAGUUAGAUUCGCGAAUUGCGAUACGGGAAAACACUCCAUUGUCAUCCAAUGUUGUAAAUCAUCUAGCUUUCGCAGAAGAGGAGGAAGACGAGGACUUUGAAUUAAAAGUCGAUCCAGCCGACGCUGCACCACGUUCAGCUGACAUUACCGAUUUAGUUAUGGAAGGUGUCAUGUUCACUAUUAGGCAAGAUCGCGACAGUGUCACUGUUAUGGAACAAAAGACAAAGUUAGAGAUGGAUGAAGUUUUAGAAAAUUCUGAAAAAGUCGAGAAUCGGGAAGGCGAAAAAUGUCUUCUGAAUUCGAGUUUACUCAAACUCGAAAAUUUAAUAACUAAGAUUGAAAUGCCUGUGAGUGAAGAACAAAGAGAAGUUGGUUGGACAGGAUUCACUCAAUGUUCUCCUGCAAUAAGAAGAGUUGAUAUUCCAAGCAAAGGAACAAACUUACCAAUUGAUUAUGGCCAUAACAGAAAACACUACUCGACUAGUAGAAUGUUUGAAAAUAUGGACGUUGAUUCAAAUAAAUCGACCACGGGCACUUCGGCAAGUGAGGAAUCAGAAACUGAAUCAACGGAUGAUGGGACAGAUGAUACAGAGAUACACAAAGACGAUGAACAUGAUUCUAUUACGUCUGAAGAGGACUCAGUGCUACCUUCGAUAACAUUAAAUGAAAGAGGAAUAGGAACAGCAGAAAUUAUACAGUUAAAGGCUACAAAAAAAAGCGGUCAUUCUUUUUUGAAAAGAAGUGAUGAGUUUGAUUUUUCAUAUCACAAUAGAACAGCAUCUGAGAAAAUAAUUUCGAAAUCACCAAUGAUAAAUAAUGGCAUGGCAUAUACUCCAGUAGCAAACCAAUUUUUUGUCAAUUCGCAAAAGAACCUUUACACCAACUCUUUUUCAAAUCGAGACUCUCAAUUGUCUGAUCAAAAACCACACAGACUUAUCAAUUUAAUAACUAGUAAUGAAAACAAAUGUCUUUCUAAUAAGGUAUUCUCUGGUCCACGAAUGAUCUCCAAUACAGUUUUAACGAACGAACAGAUCCCUCCUAGUUUACGAAAUGUUAUUAGGAAAAAAACUGAAAAGCAGGAAGGAAAUAAAAGCUUAAGUGCUGAGAUGACGAAUACAAAAAACUCAGAAGACACUUGGGAAAAUUCCCCUUCAUCUACAGAUAAUGAUUUGUCAAAUCACAAAUUACACAGCUCUAAUGUCAAUAAUGCUGUUCAAAGGACUGAUAAAGAUACUGAAGAAGCAAUGCAGACCAGUGUUCUAGAAGAUCAGUUAAAAACCACAAUAACAACUCCAGUUACAGACUCCACAACAUCGUCAAGAGAAUUACAAAUUGACAUAGAAGCGCUGGUGAAUAAAAUAUCAGGAACAAUGCAUCCUGUUAAUAUUAGAACCAAUGUGAACUGUGGAAAAAGAAAUACUAAUUCUCUCAGUAAAAGAAGUCUACGACAACGAGAGUGUCCCAUGAAAUCAUCACGUAUCAAUGCAAGUGAUAAUCGUGAAUUUUUUAUAGACAUGAGGAAACUAGUGCAGGACAUAACAAGAGGCGUUAAAGUAGUUGUCAAUCGAAUACCUAUAACUGACAAGACAGUUUACAAAAAAUGUACUUCAGAGCAAAAGUCUUAACAGUGAUAAUUUUUAGGAAUACAUUAUAUAAAAAGAGGUGCAAUAAUAGAUGUCACAACAUAUAUUACAUCAUAA